AUGGGGAUUCAGACAACGAAUUCUCAUGUGAUGGUUGGUGGGCAGCAGUCUCAUGUACAACAGCCAAUGGCAAGACAAAACUCGUGGUACAGGCUCACGCUCGAUGAGGUUGAGAACCAAUUAGGUGAUUUAGGUAAACCAUUAGGCAGCAUGAACCUUGAUGAGUUGCUUAAGAAUGUGUGGAUGGCCGAGGCUAGCCAUUCUUCUGGAAUGGACCCUACUACCGCUUUCCCUGCUGCCUCGCUCCAGCGCCAGGCUAGCCUUUCACUUGCGAGGACGUUUAGGGGGAAGACAGUGGAUGAGGUGUGGAAGGAUAUCCAGCAAGGACAAAAGACUAGGUACACGAAGGAAAUGAUUACCCACCAAAGGGAGCCAACUCUUGGGGAGACCACUCUGGAGGAUUUCUUGGUGAGAGCAGGGCUUCUUGUGGCUGAUGCUUCUCAAGGACCUGCUAUGGGGUUGGACAGCACAUUAACCCCACAGAGUUUCACGCCCCAAAUGGGGUUGUCUCCUUCUCCUUCAAUUGAUGCAUUAUCAGAUACACCAAUCCCAGGCCAGAAGAGGUUCACUGGAGACCUUGACAAGACCCUUGAGAGAAGGCUAAGGAGAAAGAUUAAAAAUAGGGAGUCUGCUGCACGCUCUCGGGCGAGAAAACAGGCUUACCACAAUGAGUUAAUGAGCAAGGUUUCAUGUCUUGAAGAGGAAAACAUGAAGCUCAAGAAAGAGAAGGAAUGGGCGAAAACGGUGUAUUGCAAUUUUGACGAACCAAGAUAUCAGCUUCGAAGAACAAAAGAAUCCCAUCAACGGCUCAGUCCUCCUCCCCAAAACCCUAAGCUCUCUCUUCGAUCCCUAUUGUCUCGUCCAGUGCCAAUCAAUCUAAAUGUUGAAAGGCUUCUGACCCGUACGACAACAACAAGAGGUGAUCCUCCAUUGAAGAAACUUCAGAAAAAGUUUACAUCUUUCGCGCUGGAAAUAGAGAGAGAAGCCGAUAACCAUAGUGACUGUGAGAGACUUGCCAAGGCCUUUUUACAGGAGAUGAAUACUUUUGAAAUUCCGCUUCUCAAGAGUAAAGCAGUUAUAGAUGCUAAUAUUAGAGAGAAGGAAAACUUCAACGAGUUGAAAGAUGAGAUAAAUAAGCAGAUUUUACAGGCACAGGCCGAUAUAGAAGAUCUGAAGAAACAGCUGGAAGAGAGCAAGACUGAGAGGCAUCACAAAGAGGAGUGUGAGGCUAUUAGGAAGUUGAUUGCCAUGCAGCCUCCAAGAUCAGAGACUCAAAAAAUCAUUACAGAUCUCGAGAAAGAGAUUGCAAUGUUAGAAGCAGAGAACACUGCUGGGUCAAGGACACUCGAACUUCGCAAAAAGCAAUUUGCUCUUCUGUUACAUGUGGUGGAUGAAUUGCAGAAUAACAUUGAGGAGGAGCAGAGAAAUUUAAUGGAGGAAAUGCGAAUGUCUUUUGAUGAGAAUAGGACUGGAGUUGAGGAUACCGCUGGUGGUCCCCAAGCCAUGGCUCUUGAUUAG